AUGUAUCCAACUCGUCAGACCAACUCUGGUCCGGGCAGUCCACAGGGCCACCAAGAUCAAGCUGCACCCAGGAACUCUGAUGUCACUUUGCGGACCCCGGAUGACCCGGUUAACGAUCCACGUCUGAAUCAAUCUUUCCCUGGUUUAUUUGGUUUUGAUGGACCCUCUACACGCCACCCCUCCCCCCCAUACUUUCCUCGUCCGGCCUUGCCGCCUCUCCCGGGAGUCAUGGGCGGCAUUAAUGCGGCGCACCCUGGUUACAUGCCUAAGUUCACCAAUUCUUUGUCAAACUCUGAUCGAUCUUCAUAUGCUAAUCCACGCACAACUCGGAGGAGAUAUGACCCAGCGCUUGGAGCUGCCUCGAGGGAGGAAUACGACCGGCUGAAUCCAUACAACCGGAACAAUCGCUCGAGAGACGAUCAGCCGCCCACGAGAGCGCGGAGCAGGAGUCCUGACACUAAGCUCACAACUGCGGGCGCUCAUCGUCCCCAAUUCCCCAUGCCUGACUCCGUUGAGUGGCCCAAUCAAUGGCAUCCCGGCAAAUCAACUGGAAGUUAUCAAACACCUUGCUCAGAGGGACCGGUUUCAGGCAAGCAGCUUGUGAAAUGGGAAUCUGAAGAAUCUAAGGAUCCGGCGUGCGAGUUCUCAGCUCCAUGUCGCAUGAGGCCCUCGCCCGAUGGAAUGCAUUGGAGAAAGGUUGUCUCCCAUGUCUUCGGCCGCAACAAAGCCUCGACAAAGCUGUUUCCUCAGUACGUCUGGGUACACUACUGUCGCAAGCACUAUCAGCGUGCUCGUUACCGUGCCGAUCAAUGGCCCUUUACCCAGUGCGACCUCCUCCUCGAGUCACUGAAUCGCAUGGAAAGCUGGGGUGGGGUAGAGAAUUUUGAGUUGAUCCUGCGCCGCAGGGAGCAACUCCGGGUUGAAAAUGAGCCCUCCGUCCACGGAGACGAGCUUCAAGCUUCAGGAGGGAGAAAUGCGUCAAAAUCGAGGAGAGAACCACGUACAUCUCUCGCUCUGACGGCUCCCCAGCGGAGCCGUAAGCAUCCUACCGCAAUCAAUGCACCUGUUCCUCUAUGGCUUCGCGGACUGGUGGGGAAAUCGAAGUCGUUCACAAAUAUCAGAGAAACGAUCGAACAUGUGCGGUCAUACCUGGGCGACCUGCGCAAGGAAGAGCGAGAAGAGCAGAUGAGUCUGACUAUGAGCCCCAGCGUCACUCUUAGUCCCCGACAUGCCGCAGGCAAGUCACGAAAGAGGCCCGCCAAGUCGACCGGAUUUAGGAACAACCAGCGGCUGCAGGCGAGCCGUGUUCGUUUUCCCGACGUGGAAAUCCUUCCUACGUUCAAGCCUUGGGUUGUGGAAGCCGCUUUACGUCAGCGAUCAGCUUGCAAGAAGGUGAUCAAACAAGAGAGUCAGGACCACGAGGUUCCGGACGAGGAACAAGUUGUUGAGCUGAACGAUGCUCACGACACAGUGAACCCUCUGGUCGGUCCUGGUGUUGCUGAUCCUGCCAACACUCAUCUUGUGCGUCCUUGUGUGCUAGAACACAUCCCGAAUGCUCCUGUCGAGGCCGAAGCUGCUACAUCUGCUGCUGAGCAGGUUCGGCUAUCUGAGAACCGUGGACAGUCCCGAAUAGGGAGAGCGGGCACAAAUAGCGGAAAUUCGGAUAGCCAGCGCCGUCGCAGUCAGCGUGUUUACAUCGAGUCACUAAACAGGGUCUCCAAUCAGGGAUCUAUCAAGAAACCUCGCGAGAGAAAGCGCUAA